UUGCACAGCUUGCGUUACAGUUGAGUCAGAGUUGAUAAGUGUUUAUAUUUAUUGUUUUGUUAGUAUAGUAAAUUAUUAGGUGUCUAAGAUCUUAGUCCUGUAUAACUGCAUGAUAGUAGUUCUGCAUUCAUGCUUGUACUUUGAGCUGCAUGAAAAUCCCCGAUUUAUCACGAUUUGUAGCUAGCUAGCUAGCAGGCGGAACGGAGUCAGCGAGCUGGAGUAAUUCGCUGGUGGUGGAAAGUUGCUUUGGCUGGGAGCGUCUGUUGAAAUUCUGACCAACAAACACAAUGGAUGAAGAACCAGAGAGAGCCAAGCGCUGGGAAGGGGGCUAUGAGAGGACAUGGGAAGUGCUCAAGGAGGACGAGUCAGGCUCACUCAAAGCCACAGUGGAAGAGAUACUGUACCAGUCCAAACGGAAAAGGGUGAUAGAGAGCCAUGGGCAAGUGAGGCUUGGAAUGAUUUGAGAAAGAAGGUUAAGAUGUUAAAGGUUGCUCUGUGCUUCAGAUGCGUCAUCUGUAUGUGGUGAUUGACUGUUCACGCAGUAUGGAAGACCAGGACUUAAAACCAAAUCGCCUCACCUCUACUCUCAAGCUCAUGGAAGCAUUUGUUGAUGAAUAUUUUGACCAAAAUCCCAUCAGCCAGGUUGGUAUUAUCACCACAAAGAACAAAAGGGCUGAGAAGCUGACUGAUCUGGCAGUGCAAAUGUACUGUGUGUGUGUGUGUCUGUGUUGUUUCACGGCAUCACCAGGAAAUCCAAAGAAGCACAUCACUGCUCUGAUGAAAGCUGUGGACACUGUUUGUGUAGGAGAGCCGUCCCUCUACAAUUCCCUCAACCUGGCCAUACAAACCCUCAAGCACAUGCCUGGACAUACGAGCCGGGAGAUCCUGAUCAUCCUCAGUAGUCUCACCACAUGUGACCCAGCCAACAUCUAUGAGCUUAUCAAGACGCUGAAGUCUCUGAAGGUGCGGGUGUCUGUCAUCGGUCUGUCAGCAGAGGUCCGGGUGUGUACAGUGCUGACGAGAGAGACAGGCGGCUCGUACCACGUGAUCCUGGAUGAGAGCCACUUUAAAGAGCUGCUGAUGCUUCACAUCAAACCUCCUCCUGCCAGCUCCUCCUCUGAAUGCUCUUUAAUCCGCAUGGGUUUUCCUCAGCAUACUAUUGCCUCUGUGACUGACCAGGAUGCCAAGCCUUCGUUCAGCAUGUCUCAUCUGGACAGCAGCAGUGGUCCAGGUCUGUCUCUGGGAGGAUAUUUCUGUCCGCAGUGCCACGCCACUUACACUGAGCUUCCUGUGGAGUGUAAAGUGUGUGGUUUGACUCUGGUGUCGGCCCCCCAUCUCGCCAGAUCCUUUCACCACCUCUUCCCCCUCCAAGCUUUUAUAGAGAGUCCAGUGGAGAACCUCCAAGGAGACAGGUUCUGUCAGGCAUGUCAAGCAGAGCUGAAGGAUAAAAGUGUGUUCAGCUGUCCAUCGUGUCACAGUGUGUUCUGUGUGGAGUGUGAUCUCUUCAUCCACGAGUCUCUGCACUGCUGUCCCUGCUGUAUUUACCGCCAGACUGCUCCCUGAAUCUCUACAGCGUUAUUCACAUCUGAUAGGAUGAAAAUGAGGUCACGUGAUUUUUCAACACGGAUGAUUCCUAUGGAGCUUCUCACUGAACACUUUGACGACUGGGAAUAUGAGAUGCUUUUAGUUCAUCCAUAAUUUGAGGUGGAGGCUCCUGUAAAUACAGCUGCUGAGCUGCUGCAUUGGUUUCUGCUGUGGUAUAUCGCCUCACUGCUGUCAUCAAAUAUGUCAGAAAUCAUUUGUAACCAUUGUAAAAAUAUGUUUUUGUACUCUAGCUUUGGCUGUAGCCUGAUAGCUGAACACAUUUCUUGUACUUCAAGCUAAAUUUCAGCAGGUUUCGUCGAGUUUGCAUUUGGGGGAUUCCACCCACUUGUUUGUAAGCUUUUUACAUUUUACCCUCGUACUUAGGAGUGACUUUGACUCACUGUAAUUUAAGGCGGCAACUUUUUGACUAAAUAAAAAAAUGCAAAUAUUUUUA